GAAGAAGUAGUUGCCUCUGACAUCACUGAACUGCAAGUUUGCAAGUGGUUAGUUUGGGGUAACAGAGGAAGCAGCUCCUUCACUGUGAUAAGCUGGCAGUGCAAUAGAGAGAGACAUACACAUGCUGUUUCAUAAGGAUACGCCUGAUUUCCAGAAAUAACCAUGUUUUUGUGGCUUAAAGUCUUAGCAUUUGGCUUUGUCAUUCUGGACCAGGAUGCUUUUGUCAAAGCCAGAGAUCCAAAUCCGACAACUGCCACCUCUCCUCCCCCUGUGUCACCUCCAUCUGCACGCUCCACUUCACUCUCACCUGCAGGCACCACCAAAGCCAGAGAUCCAAAUCCGACAACUGCCACCUCUCCUCCCCCUGUGUCACCUCCAUCUGCACGCUCCACUUCACUCUCACCUGCAGGCACCACCAAAGGGGAUCUGCCAGCAUCAACUACAAGUGAUGGUUACACUCCAACAUCCUUGCACAGCACCACCUCACCAACCAGCAUGCCAGCAAACACUGGGAUCAUCCCCAAUCACACCAUAGCAACUACCACAGUGACAACUGAAGCACCCUGUGAUUCUGAAGUUCAGUUCCUAAUAGGAGAUGAAACAGAUGCGAAUAACCAUGUUGAAGUCAACGUGACAGGGCUCCAUGCAAGCAAGCAAUAUGUUACUUUGCGGGAUGAAAAUAAUAUAUCCAUAAAUUAUAGCAGGCACAAAAUAAAGCUUCAGACAUGCCAGAAAUACACACUUGAAAAUGGAAAUUGUCCACCAGUGAGUUUGUUUAUCCCACCUGACAAAAGCAAGUAUUCUUUCAGUACUUCGGAUAUAAAAGACAAAACCGCCAAGUUAUGCUGGAACAGCUCAUCUGACUGUCAUGUGCAGUACCAUUCUAUAUGUAAAUCUGACUCUUUAACAACCCAUUCAAGUGAAUCAGAUCAUGCUUGUGGAAGUCUGGAAAAUUUGCAGCCCAACCAUCACUACACGUGCAUGAGUACAGUACGAUUUCAUGAUAGGAAGUUCGCGUGUGAAAACUUCUCCAUAGAAACAGAUUUUAGUCCUCCAGAAAAACCAAAAAAUCUUCAAAUCCAUAGUUCUGCCAGAAAUGUAUCACUUACAUGGGACAAAUCUCUCAGCACAUCAAAUGGUAGUAUAGCUGGCUAUAUUGUGUGCUGCAAUACCACUGACUGCUAUGAAACAGAAAAGCCCAGUGUAACUGCAUUUACUUGUGAUAAAUUACAUCCUUAUGCUGAUGGUUUUGUAUCAGUCACUGCCUUUACAAUGAGCAAACACGGUCGUAAACUUAAAGGAGAUAAGGCAGAAAGCAUAUUUAAGACAGAGCCAGCAAAACCACAGCGAGUGACUGACCUUCACGUAACAUUGACAGCUGAUAAUGCAGUCCAAAUUAAGUGCAGAAAUCAAGAAGUGUUUGGUGAAAAAAAAAUAUUUGUAUUGCUUUGGAAUAAUGAAAAAAAAAAUAAUUCCAGGGAGUGUUCUUUUGUAGAAGAAAAUCUUUCUUAUUUGACAAACUAUUCAUUUCAGAUCCUUGUGAAUAAUGGAAAAUAUGAUGGAGAAACUACAGGUGGUCAUGUAAAAACCAGAUACAAUUCUAGGGCCUUGAUUAUAUUCUUGGCAUUCUUGAUCAUUGUGACCUCAAUUGCUUUACUUCUGGUUCUGUAUAAAAUCUAUGAUCUUCACAAAAAAAAGCUCAGCAAUUCUUCUGAAGAUGUGAGCCUUGUUAGAGUUAAAGAUGAUGAAAGGCAGCUUCUGAACAUAGAACCAAUACCUUCAGAACAGUUGUUGGAGACAUACAAGAGGAAGAUUGCGGAUGAAGGAAGACUUUUCUUGGAUGAAUUUCAGAGUAUUCCUAGAAUUUUCACUAAGUUUUCAAUAAAGGAGGCCAAAAAAAGCCAUAAUCAGAACAAAAAUCGUUACAUUGAUAUUCUUCCAUAUGAUCAUAAUCGUGUUGAACUCUCAGAGAUACAAGGAGACCCAGGAUCAGACUAUAUCAAUGCAAGUUAUAUUGAUGGUUUCAAAGAACCAAGAAAAUACAUUGCUGCACAAGGCCCCAAGGAUGAAACCACAGAUGAUUUCUGGAGAAUGAUCUGGGAACAGAAGGCAACAAUUAUUGUCAUGGUGACUCGCUGUGAGGAAGGAAACAGGAACAAAUGUGCCCAGUACUGGCCGUCAAUGGAGAAUGGCUCUGCAACAUAUGGUGACAUUAUUGUGAAGAUCAAUGAAAGUAAAGUGUGUCCAGACUAUAUCAUUCAGAAACUACAUAUUACAAAUGGAAGGGAAAGGACAGCUGGAAGAGAUGUCACUCACAUUCAGUUCACAAGCUGGCCAGAUCAUGGAGUCCCUGAGGAUUCGCAUCUUCUUCUCAAACUCCGGCGCAGAGUUAAUGCUCUCAGCAACUUUUUUAGUGGCCCAAUAGUGGUUCAUUGCAGUGCUGGUGUUGGGCGCACUGGAACAUACAUUGGAAUUGAUGCAAUGCUGGAGGGGCUCGAUGCCGAAGGCAGAGUGGAUGUUUAUGGCUAUGUUGUGAAGCUGCGUCGGCAACGAUGCCUCAUGGUUCAAGUAGAGUCACAGUACAUCCUCAUCCAUCAAGCACUAGUGGAAUACAAUCAGUAUGGAGAAACCGAGGUCAGUCUUUCAGAACUGCAUUCCUACCUUACAAAUCUGAAAAGGAAAGAUCCUCCAAGUGAUCCUUCUCUGCUGGAGGCAGAGUUUCAGAGGCUGCCCUCCUAUAAGGGAUGGCGGACACAGAACACUGGGAAUCGAGAGGAGAACAAAAGCAAAAACAGGAAUGCCAACACAAUUCCAUAUGACUUUAACCGAGUGCCAAUCAGGCGCGAAGAGGAACAAAGUAAGGAGAGUGAACGUGAUUCAGAUGAUUCCUCAGAUGGGGACAGCGAUUGUGAGGAAUCAAGCAGAUACAUCAAUGCUUCCUUCAUAACUGGCUAUUGGGGUCCAAAAGCCAUGAUUGCAACUCAGGGACCACUGCAGGAAACAAUCGCUGACUUCUGGCAAAUGGUCUUCCAAAGAAAAGUCAAAGUCAUUGUUAUGCUGACAGAGCUGAAAGAAGGAGAUCAGGAACUCUGCACACAGUACUGGGGAGAAGGAAAACAAACGUACGAUGGCAUAGAAGUACAAAUGACAGAUGUUAACUGUUGCCCUAGCUAUACAAUACGUGCAUUUGAUGUUACGCACCUGAAGAGGAAAGAAACACAGAAAGUGUAUCAGUAUCAGUACCACAAGUGGAGUGGCUCGGAUGUUCCUGAAAACCCCAAAGACUUAAUCAACAUGAUUCUAAACCUUAAACAAAAAGUUCCAACUAGACCAGGCUCCGAGGACAAUAGAGGCAACCGCAGUGUCCCGAUUGUCGUCCAUUGUCGUGACGGAUCCCAGCAAACUGGUGUAUUUUGUGCUUUAAUGACCCUCUUGGAAAGUGCAGAAGUAGAAGAAGUAAUAGAUGUCUUCCAAGUAGUAAAAGCUCUUCGACGCACCAGGCUGGGAGUGGUCUCCACCUUUGAACAUUAUCAAUUUCUGUAUGACACCAUUGCCAGCACCUACCCUGCACAGAAUGGACAAAUAAAGAAGAACAGCCAGCAGGAAGAUAAAGCUGAAUUUGGCAAUGAAGUAGAAAAAACAGAUCAGGAAGCUGAUUUGAUCACUAUUGAUCUUACCCCUUCAAUGCCAGAGAGAAAUGGGGCUUCUGAAGCAUGUGAAGAUUCUAAAGCUGCAGAUAGCACUAAGGAAACAGAAAGCUCUACAAAUGGUCCCACAACUCCAGUUUUAACUUAGAGGCUAUAUUAAAAAUAUGCAUGCGUUGAUUUUCAUGUGCAAAAAAUCUUAAACAAAAUAGGAAGUAUUUGAUUUCUUCCUCUUCGCCCUUUUUUUGGAAAACAUUUACUGUUAUAUCAAUUUUUCAAAGGUACACAAUUGUCAGAAUACUUGAAAAUAGUAGAGAGUGACAAAGAACUGUGAAAAUUUAUUUUUUUGUGUAGAUUUGCAUUUAAUACUUCAAAAAAUGUCUUCACUAUUUUAUACUUUUUAAAAUAUGUACAGUGUAAUACUAUGCUCUCAUGUUGAGCAGUGGGAAGGAAUUUUUUUUUAACUUUUGUAAUAAGGAAAAAAGAUGAUCUCAGAACACCAAAUGUAGUGUGUUGCAAGUACAGGUCUGUCUUCAAAACUCCUAGCAAGUAAAUUAACCUUACAAGCAAGAGUAUAUAAUAGAAUUUCAAAAGUGCUUAGCAAGCACUGCUUUCAUUAAAUUCUGUGGAACUUGUGUAACUUUAUCAAGCAAUCUUAAAUGCUUAUCAUUUACACGGUGUAUCAAUUCCAAGGAAGUCAGACUUUCUGAGCAUCUGACCCAUCAUCCUUUCAAAUCAAUGUGGAUUAUAAGCUUUGCAUUUUUCUAACUUGCCUCAAGAUGUCCUUGUUGCUCCACAUAAAUUCAUCUGAGAUUUCAAUAUUAGACUCAAAGAGGAAAGUUUGGAGAGUGGCAUGCUGAAUGACUGCAAAAAUUCUGAUAGAAAAUGCAUUGAGUUGACUUUGAGAGCUUGAAAUACUGUGUGCUGGCACAUGUGUCUUAUGCUUAUAUUCUGUAAUUUAAAAAGAAUACUUCCCUGAAAUUGCCUGUGCAUUAAAGAGUCUUGUGCAACUUAUAGUACAUGCUUCCCCCCGCCUCCAAAUAUUGUAGAUUUUAGAGGGAUUUUUUUUUUGAAUGAUGAGGUUUUGUUUGUUACUGUUGUGAUAAUUUUACUAUAUCCUACUGGAUUUUAGCUUAACAUUUUUAAAAUAAAUAAAAAGGACAAUAGUUGA